AUGAAGGCCAGGCUUUUCCUUUUAAGUAUAGUCUCGGUGCUCAGCUCCCUGGUAGACGCACUACCGAGCUCAGGCAAUGAUACCAGCGAGCUCCUCGCCUCAGACCGAAUGGUCUUUGCUCAUUUCAUGAUUGGAAUUGUCAGCAACAGAAGGUCGCCUGCAGAUUUCGAUAGUGACAUGAAGCGUGCGAAGUCACUGGGGAUUGAUGCCUUUGCUCUAAACAUUGGAGUAGAUCGUGUUGACCCCUUUACUGAUACGCAAUUAGAAUAUGCGUACCAGUCAGCCGCAAAUAAUGACAUGAAAGUCUUUAUUUCCUUUGACUUUAACUGGUGGAGGCAGGAUUCCGAAGCCACUGCAGCUGGUCAGAAGCUUGCCAAGUUUGCGAGCAAGCCAGCGCAGCUCCUAAUAGAUGGCAAGGUUUUCGUUUCAUCCUUUGCUGGUGAUGGCCUAGAUUCUGACGCUUUCCGUGCUGCUGUUGGCCGGCCUAUUUAUUGGGCACCGAACUAUCAAAAGGUUAGUAGCAUUGAUGUCUCGAAAGUUGAAGCUCUUUUCAACUGGAUGGCCUGGCCCAAUAAUGGCAACAACAAGGCGCCAAGACCAGGCCAGACUGUGACUGUACAGGACGGUGACAAGGCAUAUUUGAAUGUGUUGAAAGGGAAGCCAUACAUGGCUCCCGUCUCCCCCUGGUUCUUUACCCACUUUGGUGCCGAGGUCCCUUACAGUAAAAAUUGGGUCUUUCCAUCGGACAAUCUUUGGUAUGAGCGAUGGACUGAGUUGUUGACCAUGAAGCCACGCUUCAUCGAAAUUGUCACUUGGAAUGACUAUGGCGAGUCUCAUUACAUUGCACCUCUGAGCUCUCCUCAUACAGAUGACGGCUGCUCCAAAUGGGUCAAUGACAUGCCACACAACGGCUGGAUGGAAAUGGCGAGACCCUACAUAGCUGCUUACAAGGCAGGUGCCUCAUCAGUCGGCGAGUACAUCAAAGAGGAACAAUUGAUCUACUGGUAUCGGCCUACUCCUCAUGCAGUAAACUGCGAUGCCACCGACACCUGCAUGGGUCCUGCAAAUAAUGACUCUGGGAACUACUUCAUCGGCCGUCCAAAUGGGUGGGAGACCAUGGAGGACGUAGUCUUCCUUGUGUCCAUGUUGAAGUCUCCCGCCAAGAUCCAAGUCAUCUCGGGCAAUAAAGAACAAGUAUUCGAGGCCAAAGCCGGAGCCUCAGCUUUCAAAGUCCCCAUGGGCGUCGGGAAGCAGAGCUUUGCCGUAGUCCGCGACAACAAGAUGGUCCUAGCCGGGACGAGCCCGAAGGAAAUCAUCGACGGCUGUGUCUGCGGUAUCUAUAACUUCAAUCCCUUCGUCGGCAUGCUCCCCCCAGAACCAAUGGACAGCCUCCAGGGAGAAAGUCUCUCCAGCUUCACCAAAGGACUCAAGGUCAAUUGCGAAGCCAGACCCUCGCUGGGACCUGCACCACCACCGCCAUCAACGAUCAACCCAAAUCCACCGACAAACGCGCCGACAACCCCACCAGGAAACCCCCCUCCCACCAACAACCCUCCUCCUCCACCUCCUACCAAUAGUCCUCCUCCUCCACCCACCGAUAACCCUCCUCCUCCUCCUCCCCCCCCUACCAGUAACCCUCCUUCUCCUCCCCCUACCAGUAACCCUCCUCCCCCUUCUCCUACCACAACGAACAACCCUCCUCCCCCAAACCCUCCCCCAACUAACAACCCUAACCCUGGAGACGUCUGCACAGGUGGCACAGGAUCCGGGAAUCACCUCGGCCUCUGCGACUUCUGCUGCCACUAUGGCUACUGCCCCCCUGGACCCUGUACCUGCACCCGGACCGGCGCUCCAGUCCCCACGCCGCCGACAACAGGCCAAAGGGGUGUUCCAAAGGACGGGCUAGACGACUCCUACAAGGGUCUGUGCAGCUUCGCCUGCGAUCAUGGAUACUGCCCGCCAACGGCGUGCAAGCUGGUCUGA